AUGGCCAUCGCUAUGUAUGGCUAUAGUUGGCUUAAGCCAGCUGGGUGUGCCAAGACGAUGCUGGGGAGACGGGAAGAAGAGGUUGAGAGGGAGGAAGUCGAAAGGCAACUGAGAGAGGUAGAACUCCAGGAAAGGUUGGCGCUGGAGACCGAGGAGCAGGAAAGACUGGCGAGGCUCAACGAGAUGGGAGAGGGUGAGAUCGAGGAAGCGGAGCGGGAUCUGGAUGAAGAUAUUCCAGACGCUGAUGAGGUGGACCUGGAUGGGGAGGGGGAUUUAGAAAGUGAGGAGGAAGAUGUUGAUGGUAUCGAGGAUGGCGAUGGCGACGAAGAUGACGAAGCGAUGCAAGCCGAUCUCGACGACGACAUUCCUGAUGCGGAUGACCAGGACGACGAAGACGAGGAUGACGAGCCAAUGUCGCCUGAGCCACCGGGCGCAGAUGGAAAUUGGGUCUACGACACACGUCGGGAACCAGACACGGACGACGAAGAACAAUUACCUCAUCCGUAUCCCAGCCAUCGUCAACCUCCAGGUCGCGCCACAGCUGGGAGGCAUGCGACAGUCGCUGGCGUGCGUCUCCCCAUGCCAGGAAGCGAAUAUGGUUACGAUGAGCGUGAUGCUGAAGAUUUAACGGCAGCUAUGCUCGAUCGAGACGAGAUCUUUGACGAACACGCUACCGGGAGCAGCAAUGCUGCCUUUGUGGAGCAUGAUCUAGAUGACGAUGUUCCCGAAGCAGAAGACGAGGAAGUCUGGGAACAUACGGACACAGAACUCGAGGAGAGUGAGAUGGAUAUCUCCAUCCUUCCCGGUCAGGGUGCAGGCCCGAGUACAAGUGGAAUGGCACAGACUCAGAAUCUGCGACCUCCUCGCAGCUCCGGGCCAUGGGUAACAGGACCUUCUCUUUCACCCCAGACACAUGGAGAGAUAAUCACCCGGCGUGGAGUCCACGCCAGGCCAACUCCCGACGCUGCCUCACGCGCCGCAAGGAUCGUAUCGGGCAAUCGGCAGCGCCAUUACCAUCCCGGUCUCCCAACUACGCGACCUCACCUCAACCAGACGCCAGCGAUGCUCGAUAGUCCCCUUGACAUUGACGAAGAAGAAGCCGACACCGACCUCGAACUGGAUACACCUGACCCAUUUACUGGCCCCGAGAAUUUGAGAGGGGCGCCUGCUGGCCGGAUGGGUGAGCGAGAGACUACGGGCAGGAACGGUGCAGCCCGAGCUGAAGCAGAUGAAACUAACAAUCGAAGCCCAAGUCGCGCGGCCGCGGCGCGCAACUGGCUCGAUGGAGCAGCAGCAGCAGUGGUCGGAGGGAGUGGAAGUGCCAGGAGAACGUUAUUUCAACGUGCAACGCGGAGAAGAAACAAUGUCGAUCCCGACACCACGGGCGCCGGCCCUGCGCAGGCUACCAUCGGUGGUGCCUCAAGUGGUGGACUGUUCACCCCGUCUCCACAUCCUGGGCGUGCCGGUUCUGCUCGCGCUCAGGACCAGCCGGGUGGAGCAGCACUGGAUUGGGAAACGCCUGUGAACGCGAACGCGAAUGCGAAUGCGGGUGACGGAUCGUCAAGUCAAGGUCAAGACCAGAGGGGAAGGAUGAGACGUACCGGGCGGUUUCUGGGGGGACGGAGACGAGGAGAAUAA